UUUGGCCCGUCCAUUUUGUGAGGUGAUCAUGUGUUCGAUUCUUGUUACAUAGUUGUUUAUUGGGAAAGAACAAGUACGUCUAGUCAUGGCGAGCGCCUGAUACCUUUGCGCAAGACACUAAUCAAGGAAAUACGCAAUCGUAAGGUCAUAAUCGCAUUAUCAUGUGCCGCGAGUUCCACUGUGAGUGCUGCCCGGAGGAUCUGCCUCAAAUCAGCUGUGAAUGCCUGGAAUGUGAGCAUGGGGAAGAUACAGAAAUUACCCGUAACUCUCAAAAAGAAAUAAAGAUGAGCGCCAAUGUGGGUGACAGACAAGAUGCUGUGGCACAUUGCGGUGACUCUAAAGAUGUUGUGCCAAAUGGCGGUUGCUGUAACUCUAAAGCCAAAAGUUUAAACAAGGAGGAGAUAAUUUGCAGAAGAGACAGCCUAGAAUGGCCUGUACAGGAGAACGGCAAGCUUUGUUGCACUUCCAAGAAAGAAGAGAAAGAUGAUUGUGGUGACGCAAAAAAGCAGGCGACGACCUCUUGUAGGGAGAACAAGUCAUCGGAAGGUAACGUUAAGAUCCCUUGUUCGAUGAAUGAUCAAAGAAAAGCGAAGUGUUGCAAUUCUGGAGAACACCAGAGUUUGAUUUCAGAAGAUGAAAAACUCCCCUGCUUAUCUGUUAAGAAGUCGUGUUUUAAGGAAGGUAUUGCGUCUGUUCCCGCCAAAGAAACCGAUCAAGUUACCACAACAGCGAAGGAUGUCAGCGAUUGUUGCUCGAAUAAAAAUUUAAAGAGUGUGUUAGCUGAAGGGAAAUCAUGCUCUUUACCCCCUAAAGAAACCGAUCAAGUUACCACAACAGCGAAGGAUGUCAGCGAUUGUUGCUUGAAUAAAAAGUUAAAUAGUUUGUUAGCUGAAGGAAAAUCAUGCUCUAUCCCCCCUAAAGAAACCGAUCAAGUUACCACAACAGCAAAGGAUGUCAGCGAUUGUUGCUCGAAUAAAACUUUAAAAAGCGUAUUAGCUGAAGGAAAAUCAUGCGAGGAAGGAGGCGACAGAGACCCGUCUAAGUCUUGUUCUUCUUCCAAGAAAAGAGUAAAAGCGUGUUGCUCUGAAAAGGAAAAUCUAGAAGUAUCAGCUGGGAACGAGGCUUGUUGCUCCAUUAAGAGAAAGGGCAAGGGGUAUUGCUGCACAGAGAAGGGUGAUAAAGAGGCUCUCUUAAAUUCUUGUUGUGACUCAAAAGAAACAAUCCAGGAUUGCUGCUCAUCAGAGGGGAAAAAUGCGGAGCCAUCGUGCUGCUCAUCUGAGGAAGAAUGUUGUGAUGAGGUAAUUGCUGACGAAACUCGUAAGCUGCUAAUUAGUUCAAGCGUCCCGUCGCUAGGGAUACCUAGCAACGCAUCAGUUCUUGACGAAGACUCCCCCCAACAGACCGGGAUAGCCACCACCAAAUUACGAGUCCAAAACAUCUGCUGCGCUAUGGAGGCACAACUAGUGAAGGACGUCUUGGCCCCUAUUGACGGAGUCAUCAACGUGGCCGUGAAUAUGAUUGGACGAGUGGCGCAUGUCCGACAUGACCUGGAAAUAGUGUCCGUCCGGACACUCUUAGACAGUCUGAAUAAGGUCCACCUUGGUGCAACUGUCAUGGAAACAGGAAAUCACCACGGGGUAGAAAAACACGUUAUACCCCUUCGUAUCAAGCUCCUCCUUGUUUAUAUCGCCAUACAGACCGUGCUCUUCAUCGUUGCAGUCGUGGGACUAUUUUUGAAGACCAAGUGGUUCAUGUGGGUGGCUAUAGCGGAAAUUCUGUUUGGCUCGAUACCAAUACUCAAGCGCGCAUUCAUCUCUAUGAAAAACCUACGCGUUGAUAUAAAUGUCCUGAUGUUGAUAGCUAUAAUUGGGACGGCCGCGUUGUCUGAUUGGGUCGAGGGUGCAACCGUGGUCUAUGUAUUCGCAUUGGCUGACGCCAUCGAGGAGUAUUCCUUGCAUAAGGUCCAACGGACCAUUUCCCGUCUGAUGCUGAAGAGACCCCAAGUUGCGGUUCUGGUGGAAACGGGCGAGGUAGUCAAUAUCGACACCGUGGUGAUAGGCACCCUCAUCGCAGUCAGACCAGGUGACCUGAUCCCACUUGAUGGCAUCGUGGUGAAAGGCCGGGCUUCGGUAGACGAGAGCUCUAUCACCGGUGAAUGCCUACCCGUUGAAAAGAAGGUGGACUCAAAGGUCUUCAGUGGAACGGUCGAUCAGAACGGCUACCUCGAGAUCAAGACAACGACGGACUCAUCAAACUCGACGGUUUCCCGAGUGGCCGAAAUGGUACAGGAGGCGCAGUCAAGUUCGACAAGAACUGAACAAAUUAUCAACCAUUUCGCCAAGUAUUACACACCCUUAGUAGUGGUAACGUCAGCCUUGGUCAUAGCUAUUCCUGCAAUUUUAGGCGUGGCUGGAGUCGGCACUUACCAGCAGGACUUACACGAAUGGGGUCACAAGGCCCUAGUCCUUCUCGUCGUUGCCUGCCCCUGCGCGCUUGUGAUGACCUCCCCUAUUGCUGUCGUUUGUAGCAUCACUGCGGCUGCUCGGAGAGGCUCAUUGAUCAAGAAAGGCGAGCAUCUCGAGACGCUGGCCAAGCUUGAGGUACUUGCCUUUGACAAAACGGGAACUCUGACCGAAGGAAAAUUUCAGGUGACGGAUAUGGAAAGUGUCUAUGGAGUGAAUGAGCGCGAGGUGCUGCGUCUAGCUGCGGGGAUCGAGAGCAAAUCGAGCCACCCCAUUGCCGCAGCCAUCGUGAAUGAAUUCUCCGGCUGCGUCGGCUCUAUGGUCAAGUCGAACGUGUUCAGUAUCCCUGAAGUAAAGAAGUUCAAGCUGCACGAAGGCAAAGGUAUCUCUGGGAUCGUCGAAGGGAAGAAAGUGCUAGUAGGUAAUCACUCGCUGGUGACGGACCAGUGUGGGGAGAAGCUGGGAAGUUCGAUGACGGAUAAGUACAUCCAGUGGUCCAACGAGAGCAAGACCGUGGUAUUCGUGAGCGUUAACUCAAAGGUGCAGCUCAUGGUUGCACUGGCCGACUCCAUCCGACCAAACACCAUCGACGCCUUAGAUUGGUUACGUCAUCAUGGGAUCCAAACCUCUAUGAUAACCGGCGAUAAUGCGCGGACAGCCGCGGCCGUGAAGGAGAGCCUGGGCCUGGACGAAUGCACAGCAGAAAUGAAACCCAGCGACAAACUUGAGUGGAUAAAGAACAGACAAGGGCUUAACAACGACGCCGAACUAACCCAGAUCCGCUCCGAGAGUCCACAUUUCUGUUGCGUACGUCGUCGGAACGUCGGCCGCGUCAGCGUUGGAAUGGUCGGAGACGGUGUGAAUGAUGGGCCUGCCCUGGCCGCGGCGGAUCUUGGGAUAGCUAUGGGCGCGGGUGGGACGGCACUUGCAGUCGAGGCUGCUGACGUCACUCUCAUGAGUAAUAAUCUAGCCAAGAUACCGGAGCUUGUGAGUCUCGGGAAAUUCUGCCGUACAAUCAUCACUCAGAAUAUCGCUCUCUCAGUCGUCCUGAAGUUAGCGCUGAUGGUUGUGGCAUUAUUGGGUCACGUGGAUCUAUGGAUGGCUGUUCUAGGGGAUGCCCUGGGCCUUAUAUUCGUGAUUCUCAAUGGGCUACGCCCUUUGAUAUGGAAGGCUCCAAAGGUUUUUACGGAGAUGACUGGAGAUGUUAUCGGGCUCACGAAGACAACCAAGAAAGUGUAUCUUUACGAGAGUAUUGUGUAGAUACACUGUACGUAUACAUUCCAUCAACAAUACACGGUACAUACCUUCCAUCCAUACUCACUAUACCUUCCAUUUCUCCACAAGAUGAAUUAAACAAAUUGCUAGCUGAGUAGCUAGGAGUACUCUUAACUUCCAAAUAGUCGAAUCCUAAACCUUUUACAAGUAAUAUCACCGCCUGUGUACUCCCUCAGCUACUCCUACCCUCUCCGGAGUAGUUUCCUUCAUCACAUACUUUCUUAAUAACCUGUGUAUACAUACACCUAUUUCACAAAAGGUUGUCAGUGCAAAUUAUUCGUAAAAUAAAAGGUGUUAAAUAAAGUCCAGUAAUGUCAGUGCCAAGCACUGGUAACCUUUAAUGGAUAAUUGUUUUGAUUUAUCCAUAUUCUUCAAAAUGCAUGGUUACUUUCGGUCGUAGAACUGCCAUUUGCCAAUCGCCAUUUGCACUGACAACCUUUAUUGAAGUUACAUGUUAAACUGUCGGUUAGAUGGUCUCCGGGCGGGGGACACCGCUCAUGUCUGCGGAUUCAGAGCAUUCAAAAGUUUGACAAAAAAGACAUGUAUACAAGAACCAAGAAGAAUUGAAUAACUGAUGAUUAGGUGAAUGAAUUUUAUUGAUGGCAAUUAGGGUAAGAAUUAGGAUACAAUAUAUUUUUAACUUGUCAACUGUCAAUAUUUUUCUACUUUAAGCUAGUGGACUCGUCACCUUGUGACGAUAUAAUCUCUUAUUGUGUGUGGGUAAACGUAUAUUGGCAAGAGUUAUUGAUUGUAAUUACGGCCGCAUCUUGUUUUUAAAUCAAACUUUACUUUAAAUAAAAUAUACACUAGCUUUUA